AAACAAAACGCAACUCGUGCAACGUAUAAUUAACGAAGAACAAUAAGAGAUCGGAAAGAUAUGUCGUGGCAAGCAUACGUUGAUGAGCAUUUAAUGUGUGAUGUAGGCGACGGACAAGGUCACCAUCUUACCGCCGCCGCUAUCAUCGGCCAUGACGGUAGCGUUUGGGCUCAGAGCGCUAACUUUCCUCAGUUGAAACCUGAAGAGAUAACGGGCAUUAUGAAGGAUUUCGAUGAGCCAGGUCAUCUCGCUCCCACAGGCAUGUUCCUCGCAGGGCUAAAGUAUAUGGUCAUCCAAGGCGAGCCUAAUGCUGUCAUCCGUGGCAAGAAGGGAGCUGGAGGGAUCACGAUCAAGAAAACUGGACAAUCAAUGGUAUUUGGACUGUACGAAGAGCCAGUGACUCCAGGACAAUGCAACAUGGUUGUGGAGAGGUUGGGUGAUUACUUGAUCGAACAGGGUCUUUGAACCUUAAGGACAAUGCUUUAUACCUCUUUCUUUUGCUAAUUCAUUACACCAUCUUUCCA